CAAACGUUGCGCGAUGUGGUCCCAGGAUAAUGUCUUGCGGUUGAUUUUCUUGAUCCUGCUAAUGAGCAAGAGAGUAAGUUCAAAGGAGCCUCAGUGUUCUUCCUUUCACUACGAAGAGCAGUUGUUGUCAAAAAUGAUCCGGAUGGAAAUAGCGAUGGAACAACAACAACAACGAGUAAAUGACGCUUUGGAAAAAAUGUCACAAACUGUUGAAAUAUUUAAAACGGACGCAAUUAAAAAAGAAAACCAAAUGCUAGACAGAAUCAGAAAUGCUCUUGAAGGUGCUGAUGCUGCAGUUGUGAAUUUCUCUAAUAGGAUGAUAUUACUUGAGGACAACCUAAAGAACGCGAUCGAUGACUUCGCUCAGGAUUCUAAACUGCUGAGUUCGACAUUGACUCAAAAUGUAUCUGAAGCAAUCGGAUAUUUGCAUACGUUAGAAGAGAAAGUUAGAACACCAACGAUAGCAUUUGAAGCAAAGGCCCUAAAGGAUCUAAGUUUAACAGCUUUCAAACCCCUCGUAUUCACAGAGGCCGUGUUCAACCAUGGGAACGGAUAUGACGUCAAAUCAGGCGUGUUCACGUGUCCCCUCAACGGCACGUACUUGUUCACGUCACAUCUCUGUACUGCCCAUAACAGAGCUGUUCACUACAGUUUAUUUGUGGACGACAUUGUUCAUACCAGUGGGUACGUACAUGGGAGCAUUACCCAUCAUUGUACGUCGUUUGAUGCAAUUGCGAUAUUGCAAGUUGCAAGCAAGGUGUGGAUUCAGACGGGAGAUAAUGGCGGUACAUUCUAUCAAGAAUCCCAGGAUUGGUUGAACACAUUCUCCGGUGUUCUUCUUCAUCGUUAAACUAACUUAUGGUGGUUGGAAUGGAUAAUAAUGAUAAUAGUAUAACCGUCUUCUCCAUCAGGAUGUUAUUAUGAUGGCUUUGAUGGCAUGUUUUGAAUCUACUUAAAAGGAUGUACUUUUAUAGCAAACAGUGUAAACUUCGAGUGGAAGUUGAAGCAUUAGCCAAACCGCUCAAGGGAAGUCAAACAAUAAUUGUCACCGAAAAAACCAAAUCAGUCACGAUCAUUUAAACGUGAGAAUAUUUUUUCUUAGUUUUUCUGUGCGUAAAAAUCAAAUUAAGAUUUCCAAUGCAUAAUGUACCAAUUACUUUUCAAACUUUCCUCUUUUACAUAAGGACAAUUUGUAAACAUUUAUUAAUUUACAGUAGUAAUUACAGCAUCAUGAAUUUUUGUAUUAUGUUGAUUUCAAUGUUAUUUAUUUUUUGCCAAUAACAUAUUGACUUGACCUUUUAGUUGCUGUUGCCUGGUGAUCCCAUACAUUGUGUUAUGAUUUGUCAGGAAAUUGCCUCUUGUUUACUACUGUAAACAUAAUAUCAAAAAAGAAUAUGGAUGGUGAUAUUGUUAUUAUCUAAAUCUAAAACCGGACGUGAAAAAACAAAUUUUGCAAUAUUUCAUGGCCAAAAAAAAACAACAUUUUUCUAAUAUUAUUUGGAUAUAAUGUUUAAUUAUUAUUUCUCUACUUCUAAUACUCUAAUUAUGGGAUCAGCAGAAGUUUACCAUUCACAUUAUUGUUUAUUGGAUACCUUGGUAUAUGCAAUGAUUGACGAUGAAAUGUGAAUGAUGAAAUGUGAAAUUGAAAAUAAACGAAACGAUAGUCAAAACAGGCAGCUGUCUAUGUUGGUUCAUGUUACCCAUGUUUGUAGGAUUAUCAGUAUGGAGGUGUUUUCAUCUUACAAACUUGUAGUAUCGAUCUGCGUACAGUUUCAACAUAUCUAUUUUACAACGAUUGUGAAACAAGUUAUUACAACAGUAUAUUGCUCACAAUGACACGAUUUAAACGAGAGUAUGGUCUGGUGUUGUGGGGGAAACCAGAAAACCCCGAGGAAAACCAGUUGCCCGGCUUGGUGACCACAGACUAAACUCACAUGCGCCCAGGCCGAGUAUCUGCGUAUCUUCAACAGUCCUUAUUUUGUACGUCGACAUGUGCAUUAUUUACCCUACAUUACAAUGUUAUCAUUUGCUGUACAUGUCCGAUACAACGGCAUGUGUAUUAUUUACCCUACAUUUCAAUGUAAUUGAUAACAGUUCACAUAUGAUACGUCGGCAUGUGUA